AUGGAUAUUUUAUUAAAAGAUGAAUUUAUAUCCGAAAAAUCUACACAACGCGAGAUAACCGAAAUUCUAAACAGGGAUUGUGAACCCAAAAAACGUGAAAAACCAUUCCAGUGUAAUAUAUGUGGACAAGCAUUCUCUCGAAAAUAUAUUCUAUCGAAACAUGAAGAAACACAUUCUGGAAUAAAACCAUUUAAGUGUACAAUUUGUGAUCAAAGUUUUUCACGUAUCUCAAAUUUAAAAUUACAUGAACGUAUCCAUACGGGCGAAAAACCAUUUAAAUGUGAAACAUGUGGUUUAACAUUCGCACGUAAAGGUACUCUGAAAGGACAUGAAGUGAUUCACGCACGUGCGAAUUCAUUUAAGUGUAAAUUGUGUGAACAGACAUUUUCGCAUGCACAAAGUUUAAGUAAACAUUCGCUUGUACAUACUGCGACGAAAUUAUUUAAGUGUACGCUUUGUGAUCAGAUUUUUGUACAAAAACAUAGUUUAAAAAAUCAUGAACGUAUACAUAUGGGCAUUAAACCAUUUCGUUGUGAUAUCUGUGGACAACAUUUUACACAGAAACCAAGUUUAAAAGGGCACAUGACUGUUCAUACCGGGGAAAAACCAUUCAAAUGUCAUAUUUGUGGUCAAGUGUUUGCACAUUCGUCCAGUUUAUAUAAGCAUGAGAAAUUACAUAGGGAAGGAAAACGAUAA